CACUUACUACUACUAGUCCAGGAGGCAAGAGUUUCAUGGAAACCAACACUCCUCCAAAGUCUGGAACAAGCUUUCUGAAGACUUGCUUCAAUGGAGUCAAUGCUCUCUCAGGUGUUGGAAUACUAUCCAUUCCUUAUGCAUUGUCUCAAGGAGGGUGGCUGAGCCUAAUCAUCUUCAUAACCCUAGCAGCAAUCUGCUUCUACACUGGGAUCCUCCUGCAGAGAUGCAUAGAUUCCAGCUCCCUUGUCAGGACAUACCCUGACAUAGGAGAGAUGGCCUUCGGCAGGAAGGGCAGGAUCAUCGUGGCAACGUUCAUGUACCUGGAGCUGUACCUGGUGGCGAUCGACUUCCUGAUCCUGGAAGGCGACAACCUGGAGAAGCUGUUCCCGGGCGCCAGCUUCCAUGUCCCCGGGCUCAUCAGGGUCGGAGGCAGGCAAGGGUUCGUGCUGCUCUUCAGCCUGCUCGUCCUCCCGACGACGUGGUUCCGGAGCCUGAGCCUGCUCGCCUACGUGUCCCUCGGAGGCGUCCUGGCUUCUGCCAUCCUGAUCGCGUCUGUUCUCUGGGUUGGGGCGGCUGAUGGUGUUGGGUUUCAUGAGAGGGGUGUGGCUGUCGACUGGGCUGGCGUCCCAACUGCCAUGAGCUUGUAUGCAUUCUGCUUCAGUGGCCAUGCGGUUUUCCCCAUGAUUUAUACAGGCAUGAGGGACAGAAGAAUGUUCCCAACAGUGCUGCUCAUCUGCUUCAUCAUCUGCACCCUCGCCUACGGCGUGAUGGGCGUCAUCGGCUACCUCAUGUACGGCGGGUCGCUGCGAUCCCAGGUGACGCUCAACCUGCCGGCGAGGUCCCUGAGCUCCAGCGUCGCCAUCUACACGACGCUCAUCAACCCGUUCACCAAGUUCGCGCUGCUCGUCACCCCGAUCGCCGAGGCCAUCGAGGGCGUCCUGGGCCUCGCCGACGCCGGCAAGCCGGCGCAGUACAGGGCCGCCGCCGUCAGCGUCUCGGUCAGGACGGCGCUGGUGGUCAGCACCACCGUGGUGGCGCUCGCCGUGCCGUUCUUCGCCUACGUGGUGGCGCUCACUGGCUCGUUCCUCAGCGCCACCGCAACGAUGCUGCUGCCGUGCGCCUGCUACCUCAGGAUCAGCUCCAGGGUCUCCGGGAAGCUGGGGCUCAUGGAGACGGCGGCCUGCGUCGGCAUCAUCGUGCUUGGGCUAGCAGUGAUCGCCGUAGGCACUUACACCUCACUGAAACAGAUUGUUCAGAGCUUCUGAUUGAUUUGUGGCAUAUUUGGGAUCAGUUGCUGCAACAACAAUAUGAGAUAUAUAGUCUAUUUGAUGUACUGAUUAGGGUGAUUCAUACAGGGUUAGUGAUGAAUUGUAUGUAAGAAAAUCGUGGGUGCUAUAAAUAACCUUACUUUUUCUAUGGCUAAUUUGUUGCUAAACAUUUUGUGUCCAUGAUGUUUAUGGAUAAAUGGCUUAUUAAAGAAAUUAAAUAACAUGUGGAGAAGCAACAGUGGUUAUUAUGGUGGAGUCGUGCGUCUAUUACUCCAUCCACUAGCAUUUUAAGUGCUAGUAGCACAAAUAAGCAUAUGCAUUACUUAUGGCCACCCAUCUGUAAAGGCUCUAUGGGCCUGUUUGGGGGCUUAAUAUUCUAA